AUGGAAGAAUAUUUCGCCACGCGCAAAAUCGAAGAGCUACCUAGGCAUCGCUCUGACUGGAAACUUGACGCGUUCAGGAGGACUUGCGAAGACAUGAGAGACCUCAAUUAUCCCACCUGGGGCUUCGUCAUUUAUCGUUGUACCUACGAUGAUGAAGAUCUCUGGGUCCGCUACCUGUCUCAGCUCAAGGACUUUGCCCAUGAAUGGCUCGUCAAGACUCGCCGAGCUGAGCUGUUAGAACAGUAUCUCGAUUUUCAUGUUAUUGAGGAUCGUGCCACCCUUGAGAAUGCCUCGAGACAGGACCUUAGGCGACACUUCAAUCAAUGGACUUCGACUCAGAACAUUCCCGCCGGGGACGGCUUCUUCUGGAGCAAAACAGGGGCAGAACUACCUCGUUUCCGCUUCUUUCUAUACGUCGACAAGCAAAUUCUCGCCACCGUUGUUCAAUUCCAGAAUGCAGACAACGCAUACACUGGCCAUCCAAUGUUCCGAUUGUUACUUCCUCCAAUGGUUAUCGCAGUCGUAGAUGGUUCUUGGACUCCAGACACCGUGCAGAGUUAUGAGCCACAGAAUGAAGACGGGUACCCUGAGAUUGAUGGCAGUUCGAAGAGAUACGUCGGCUUCGAAUAUUACCUGGCAUGUUACGCCACUGCGUUGUACGAGACCCUCCACGGGCCUGGGCUUGUUGACUGGUCUUCUUACACGCGUCCGCCGGCGAUAGGACCCAGGGGAGAAGAGACAAUGUCUUGA